UUGCCAGGGUCGGAGGACCAAAGAUUCUCGUUACUUGGUUUGGGGACCUGGGAGCAGUUUUGUGACAACAGCAAAGAAGAGGCCGCUCGGUUCUUUUGGUGCCGUUUUGUUUCCUCGCCGAGGUCCGGGGGAGAUUCGUCGCUUCUAACCGGCGAGGCUGAUCUAGGAGCGGAGCUCCAAAACCGUCCCAUUAGGACUGGUUCGGUCUCGGCUGUUCUCUGAGGGGCAGAGCCUACUUUAGAUCCAGGGAAGGCCUCUUAAUGGGCACCUCUCCCCCCUUUCAGGUGAUCUGCCUUUAGCUUACGGCUCCCCUUGACUGUUUUUGAGACCUUGAGAGCCAAUAGAAGAGCUGCGGAAGGGCUGGACAUCCCGUUCCCAAAACGACGGCGGAUUUCGUGUGUGACAUGUCCCCAACUAUCUCCCUCAAGGACAGCAGUCGGCAGCGCCGGCCUGGAAGCUAUCAGCAUCCUCUAGAUGUGAUGAAGAGUGAAUCUCCUCCUUUAGACCUCUAUAAAGAUGGCCAUGCUGAGACUGUUGGUGGCAGUGACAGAGAGGCUCUGCUUCAGGAACCGAGUUCGAGACCAAUUGGACCCCCCCAAGGCUACCGAGCAGAGCUGGGUAGUAUCUUGUUGCUCCUAUUCCUCUAUGUGCUGCAGGGUAUUCCUCUGGGACUUGCAGGCAGCAUACCACUCAUCUUGCAAAGCAAGAAUGUUAGCUACACAGACCAAGCUUUCUUUAGUUUUGUCUUCUGGCCCUUCAGCCUUAAGCUGCUUUGGGCUCCCAUGGUGGAUGCUGUGUACUUUAAGAGAUUUGGUCGACGUAAAUCUUGGCUUGUGCCCACUCAGUACAUCUUAGGACUUUUUAUGAUGUACCUGUCAAGGCAGGUGGACUCUAUGCUUGGGGAGACAGAAGGCAGAAGUCCAGAUGUGGUGGCACUUACUAUGACUUUCUUCUUGUUUGAGUUCCUGGCAGCUACUCAAGAUAUAGCAGUGGAUGGCUGGGCAUUAACUAUGUUGUCCCGGGAGAAUGUGGGCUAUGCUUCCACUUGUAACUCUGUGGGUCAGACAGCUGGUUACUUCCUGGGGAAUGUCUUGUUCUUGGCCCUUGAAUCUGCUUCCUUUUGUAACAAAUACUUGCGCUUCGAGCCUCAACCACGUGGGAUUGUCACGCUUUCAGAUUUCCUGUUUUUCUGGGGUGCCAUUUUCUUAAUAACCACUACCUUGGUUGCACUCUUAAAAAAGGAAAAUAAGGAGGUAAACCGAUCAAGAGAAGAAACAAAAGGCAUCACGGAUACAUACAAGCUGCUUUUUGCCAUUGUCAGAAUGCCAGCAGUUCUCACAUUCUGUGCCUUGAUUUUAACAGCAAAAAUUGGCUUCUCAGCAGCUGAUGCGGUUACAGGACUCAAACUGGUAGAAGAAGGAGUACCUAAAGAACACUUGGCUCUGCUUGCGGUUCCAAUGGUUCCCCUACAGAUUAUAUUACCUCUGAUCAUCAGCAAAUACACAGCAGGCCCGCAGCCCCUGAACACAUUUUACAAAGCCAUGCCGUUUAGGUUACUCUUUGGGUUGGAAUUUGCUUUUUUGGUUUGGUGGACUCCCAGAGUAAAAUAUGAAGGAGGAUUUCCUAUCUAUUACUAUAUCAUAUUGUUGCUGAGUUAUGCUUUGCAUCAGAUUACACUAUACAGCAUGUAUGUUGCUGUAAUGGCUUUCAACGCCAAAGUGAGCGACCCACUCAUUGGUGGAACCUACAUGACACUUCUUAACACGGUGUCGAAUCUGGGAGGAAACUGGCCUGCCACAGUAGCUCUUUGGCUUGUGGAUCCACUUACAGUAAAGGAGUGUGUCGGAAUUCAGGGGCACAACUGCGGGACUGCAGCUGCUGCUGGACUAUGUACAAAAGAAGGUGGCUCAUGUGUAAUUACCCUCGAUGGUUAUUAUGUGGAGUCCAUAACGUGUGUUGUUUUGGGAUUUGCUUGGUGGCUCUUUCUUGGACCAAAGUUUAAAAAGCUACAGGAUGAGCAACUGUCUUCCUGGAAAUGCAGGAGAACCAGUUAAUGGAAAUCACAUGCCAGAAACACUAGCAAAAUUUUGACUGAGUCCUGGGGCAAAGUCAUCUUCUCUGAAAGGAGGCAACAAGAGAAACUGUUAUUGUGGAAGAAACAGUCAAUGUACACAUGCCAAAUGACAUUGCAGGGGGGAAAAGUAAAGCCAGGAAUGUAAUUUGUGGAUCUGUGAUAAAGUUCACCUUCCCCAUUCAAAAUUAUCUUAAAGGUGAGAGAGACUCAGAUAGCAUUUUCAGACUAUGUAGCUGUUUUGGCCUGAAAUCAGUGGCUGUCCAAAGAAAUAAUUGUUGUUUCACAAUACAAAUCUGCAGAUAGGAUGGACUUUCUCCUCACAAUAAUUUAAUGUAAAUGUUGAAUAUGUAAUGUAAGAAAACUAUAGAGGGGUUAAAAGGUACAGUGCAAUUGAUUCCCUUCUAGUACUUUAUAUAAGAGAAAACACUUGCAUAUUAGUAAUUCUCUUGCAAAUUUUCCUGGCUUCUAUAAGCUUUAAAAUUUAUAAGAGGAAUAUUUUUAUAAAGGUGAAAAUAUAGCUUUUGAAACAUGUACAGACUUUUAUUUCAAGGCACUUUGAGUUUCAAAUAGAAAUAGUUACUUCAUUGCUGAGUUGGUAUAAGGGGGAAUGAGUUUACUGGGCAUUAUGAUGGUCAUAACUAGUAAUGAGAGAGGACUCUUAUUAAACAGUACUGAAGAAGGAUAUGUGUUUGUGUGCGCAUGUGGGUACGUGUGUGAGAGAGAAAGAGAGAGAACUGGUCAGUUUCUCAAGCUACGAGCAUAUCUUUUGCUGGCUUGUGUGCAGAACUGGAAAAAAAAUAGAAAAAGGAAUCCAUGACUUUGGGAAAGAAUUUCUGUGAGAUAAUGAUGUUGGAUUGAAUACAAAGGUUGCCUUCUACUAAGUGAGUAUCUUCCUCUGACAAAAGCUCUUCCUCUAGUGGAGGAAGGCAUUCACUCAGUAGAGAAGAUUUUUUUUGGACCUAGCAUAAGGCAGUCAUUACAUCAUUCCUAGCUGAUACCAUACAAUUCCUUUAAAGGGAUUGUUGUGGUGAUACUUAUUAAGAGGAAAUAGUGUCAUUAUUUUAUUUUAUCAAAUUUAUACCCCUCCCUCCCUGAGAAUGGGCUCAGAGCAGCUAACAAUAUAUAUAUUAUACAAUUAAAACCAUAUACAUAUCUAAAAACUAUAACAAUAGUGCCUUAAAGAAGUACAUCAUGUGUGUUAAGUGAAAAGGAGGCACUGUGCAGUUCGUUGGAUGUAGGUUCUAUAUCUUUCAUGAUAUUUAAAUGCCUUCCACAGCUGUGACAAGUUAGUGUGGGAUUCCUGCUGUGACUGAUCUGAAACACUGAAAUAUUAGUAUUGGAGGUGUGUUGUGUAUCUGCUUCCUUGGUUAGUCCCCAAGGUGACUUGUUGCUGGAAUAUUCCUGAUUCAAGUGAAUCUGGGUCUCUUGCAGUGUAGUUUUCUUACACAGCUCUCUUCAGUGGUAAAUAAAGAUUACGCUCUUACAAGAGGUAGCUAACACACAGAUUGUAAGUAUGUUUAUUUGGGAGUGAGUGCCAAUGCAAUUAUUGGGACUUGUUUCCAAAGAAACAGGGUUAGAAUCUGGGUGUCAGUACUGUAAUACUAUUGACAAUUUUUAAAAAAAACCUACUUAAGACCCUGACCCAAUCUCCUUCUCACCUCAUAUCUUCCACAUACCAUCUGAAGGGCACACCAAAAAGUGGCCCACAAUUAAGCAACUUGAAACCUAAGUCACUAGACAGUUAGAUAUGAAUUUCUGGACUGAAUCUAAUUUAGGUGAAGGGAUUCAGAGUAUGCUGUUUUAAUGGCAAACAUCAGUUUAGAUCCAUUUGGAACGAAAUUGUCCUCCUGCCGUAAGCUGCUUGGAGUAGCUGACUUUGGGAUUGGAAACUGUUGGUGUGUUGCAGCAUGCAGUUUCAUUUGUCUUGCUUGAUAGAAAAUUGGGUCACCAACUUUACUGAUCCCUGCUCAUUUGCCUUUAACAGCUGCUUGAUAUGCAGGCAUAAGUUGCUUAUGCUUGUCUCCAUAUUGUGAAAAGCAUCACUUGUUUUCCUCUAGAGAUUUAGCGGUUUAUGGAGCUUGGUUGAGGGCUUCGCUGGAUUUCAUUGUCAGUUUUAGAAGACUUCAAGAGUCUAGUUUUUCCCUUUCAGUAUGUUGUUCCAACAUAACACAUUAUCUUCUAACAUAGUUCAGAUAAUAGUUUAAAUAAUCCUGUUUACUUGAAUGAAAAACCCAGUGUGCUCUUCAACCAGCUUUCAUUUUCAGAGGUUGUUUACAAUAACCUGAUUUUGUCUGCCUUAAAUACAAUCUUUUCUCAUUGGCUAGAUAAGCACAAGUAAGAGAGUGUUCAUUUUAGUUCAUUAGUGUGUGUUUAUUGCUGUUUAUUUUUGGAGUCUCAGAAUUAAUGAAAACCGUUACUUGAUGUAAAUGUUUUAUGAUAUCUAGGCAGGGUUUGGAAGGGGAUACUUCUAGAAAAGGAUGUCUGGGUUGCGGGACAUGCACAAUACAUUUCUGGCUAGCCUUUUGACAUUUUACAAUUCUGUAUUACUGUUCCUACCAUGUGCCAAGAUAAAUAAAGGCUUAUUCAUUUUUUAAAAAUGUAUGCACUAGAUAGAGUACAUUCUGUGAAUACCUAACUAAACUGAAACCCAGAAUCAAUAGCAAAGCACAGUCCAGAAAGUUCAUGAAGCAAUGAGAUCAUCCAAGUAUCCAAAGAGAAGCACAAUUCGCUCAGCAUUCCCAAGGGGAAAUUGGGCUUGUCUUUCUCAAGUAACAGCCUGCCAUGCCACAUGUUAAAACGAAACCUUUUGGCUAAGGGGCCCUGCUAUACAAAGAAUAGAAAAACAACAAUCCUACCGUGCAUACCCAUGUAUUUGAGCUUGAUUAAGUUUAGUAGCUCUUUGGAUUCUGGUCUGAGGGUAGCAGCUGCUUUCACUUCAACUUAAUUCCUUUGCAAUACAAUAUCCAUUUCAGCAUGUCUUAAAAAUACCACUGAGAGAUGAAAUAACAUUACAUUUCUAGGGAUUUUUACAGAGACUGAGAAUCCAAGAAUGGGUUCCUCUCAUUUAUAUAAUUCUUCCCAUGAUGAAUAUAUAUCAGUGAUGUGAUUGGCAGAAGUCCCCCUGUGCUUAAAAACAUACUGCUUAAAAUUAUCCUGUAUCAUUCUGUACAUGGAUGGAUUUCAAUCAGUAGAUAACUUUUUGAAAAGGGUAGCUAUGCCUUGUUUAAACUGGUUGCAGGCAGAAGAAAUUGUAAACUCUUAUUUAAAUUUAGCCAGGGAUAAUCUGGCAUCAUCAUUCAGAUCUAUUCUGAACUGACAAUAUUUCCUCCAAAAUGUAUCUGCACUUUUUUAUAUAUAGUGCAGAGAGAAGGUAAACAUUCUGUUGUUGAAAGUAGUCUGGGCCAUGUUGUGUAACGAAUUAGGCUAAUACUUCAGUCCAGGGUACAAAUAGUGUCCAUUGGUGUGGCGGGGGCGGGGCAGGGGAAUUCUAAUUAGAAUCUGAUGGACUUUUGCUCAGGUAUGGUUUAAAGAUGUUCACAUAAUUAGAAUAAAUGAUAACAUAUUGGAGUCUUAGUACAUAAUUGCUUGUCACGAUAAUGAAGAUUCCAGAUGCACUUCUGAGCAUUUGGGCAAUCUAGUACAAUUACCUCAUAAAAAGUGAAACGUGAUCUUCCUCCUUUGGUGUUUCAUGAUAGUCCUCUUUUAUGAAGGAGGAAGGCAUGCUGAGCUGUGAUAAGAGUAUUAUUUGAUAACCACAGCUUGAACUUGCUAUCCAGUGCUGUACUUUAUAACAUUACCUUGACCUUUGUUGGAUUUUAAAAUUGUUAGAUACUGUUUCUGGGUAUUUGCUUAGCUGUAGUUGACUGGUUUUUGAGAGUGCUGUUUGCUUUUGCCUGGAUUUUAAUUCCUUAGGAAUUCUAUUUGUAUCUUGAAAGUUUCAUCACACAUAUCCACAGUGGUAUUGUAUAAUUUUAUAUAUAUAUAUAUAUAAUUGCUUUCUGUUGAAGAGGGCUAAAACUCAAGUUACUUGACAUAAAUAAAUUAUACAAUCAACGUCAUUGUAUAGCAUUUUCUAAGUAAUGCACCACUUGGAAAAAAAGCAUUAUAAUAUUUGCUUAAAUGGACGUUGUAAAAAGUUGCCUUUACUGAAAAGUGAUUCAGUUGUGGCCAGGGACUCUCUGGAAUUAUUAACUUGGGUGUAAUAUAGAGAGGAAACAGAGAUAUAAUGUAUAUGCUGAACUAUUUUUGAAUGUUUAAUUACUUUUUAUCUGUUACAAUAUGCUGUAAAUUAAAGCAUUGCUAUUUUGAAAUACAAACAGUUCCAUUUGCUUUGAAGUGGUUAUUAAUCGUAUUAAAGAACAGACCAAAAUUGCUGGUUCAUUGACAAUUAAAUAGCCAACUUCUAAAAGGAAACAUAACCAUAUUUAACUUCCCGUUUUACCAAAAGUGUUUGCUUCUCCACCACUUUUCUAUUAAAGUUUUAAAAUUAUGUAAAUCCCUGUUAAUUAUCAGAGCACAGUAUGGUUUCUUUGCUACUUCCAGUGCUGAGUUCACGGAAGCACCUUAUUAGAGAAAAUUUUGGAAGUUCUCCGUUUUGUUUCAAUAAAGCAAUAUUCCAAUUUUAA